AAAUAAAUCAAUCAAAGAAGAAGAAUUUGAUUUGACUCUGAGUUGCUUAGAACUGCAAAAAGGGGGGCGGGGGGGACGAUGUCAAUACCCAGGGAGCUGGAACAAGUGAUUAAGCACAGAGACGGAUCCGUGCUGGGGAAAAGGACUAUCCUCAAGAGUGACCAUUUUCCUUCCUGCCAGAACAAACGCCUCUCUCCUCACAUCGAUGGCGCCCCCAAUUACAGAAAGGCUGAUUCUCUGCAUGUUCACGGUGUUGCUAUUCCAACCAUUGGCGGUAUUCGAAAUGUUCUUGACCACAUUGGAACUCAGAUAGAUGGGAAGCAGACUCGUAUCCUCUGGAUUAAUCUCCGCGAAGAACCGGUUGUGUACAUUAAUGGACGCCCUUUUGUUCUGCGUGAAGUGGAGAGACCCUUCUCUAACCUUGAAUAUACGGGCAUUAACAGGGUGAGGGUGGAGCAAAUGGAGGAUCGAUUGAAAGAGGAUGUCCUGAUUGAGGCUGCAAGGUAUGGAAAUAAGAUCCUUGUAACUGAUGAACUCCCUGAUGGUCAGAUGGUGGAUCAAUGGGAACCUGUGACACGAGAUUUGGUUAAAACACCUUUGGAGGUGUAUGAGGAGCUACAAGCACAAGAGUACCUUGUCGACUAUGAGCGUGUUCCUAUAACAGAUGAAAAGCCUCCCAAAGAGUUGGAUUUUGAUAUUUUGGUUCAUAAAGUGUCUCAAACUGAUAUAAAGACAGAAAUAGUGUUUAAUUGCCAAAUGGGACGUGGGCGUACUACGACUGGAAUGGUGAUUGCUACUUUGGUUUUUCUUAAUCGUAUAGGAGCCUCUGGAAUUCCGAGGACAAAUUCAAUUGGCAGAGUUUCCAGUUAUGGGACCAAUGCUAGUGAUACAAUGCCCAACUCGGAGGAUGCAUUUCUUAGAGGAGAAUAUACUGUUAUUAGAAGCUUGAUUAGAGUUUUGGAGGGUGGCAUUGAAGGCAAAGCACAAGUGGAUAAGGUCAUUGAUAGAUGUGCCUCAAUGCAGAACUUACGUGAAGCUAUUGCUUCUUAUCGGAAUAGCAUUUUGCACCAGCCUGAUGAGAUGAAGAAGGAAGCAUCACUUUCAUUUUUUGUGGAAUAUUUGGAAAGAUAUUACUUUCUUAUUUGCUUUGCUGUAUAUCUCCACACAGAACGAGAAGCACUUCACCCUAGAUCUUCUGGCUGGAGCAGUUUUACUGACUGGAUGAGAGCAAGGCCAGAGUUGUAUAGUAUACUUCGCAGGUUACUGAGAAGAGAUCCAAUGGGUGCACUAGGUUGUGCAACCCUGCAACCUCCACCUGCAAAAGAUGAGGAAUCCACCAAUGGUCGCCCUUCUGAGAUGGGCCAAGUUGCUACUUUAAGGAGUGGAGAGGUUCUUGGAAGUCAAACUGUUCUUAAGAGUGACCAUUGUCCUGGUUGUCACCAUCCUAGCUUGCCAGAAAGAUUGGAGGGUGCUCCUAAUUUUAGAGAAAUCCCUGGAUUUCCUGUCUAUGGUGUUGCAAAUCCAACUGUAAGUGGGAUUCUAUCUGUCAUUCAAAGGAUUGGUAGCUCCAAAGGUGGCCGCCCGGUAUUUUGGCAUAAUAUGAGAGAAGAGCCAGUUAUAUACAUCAAUGGAAGGCCCUUUGUGCUCCGGGAGGCUGAAAGGCCCUACAAAAAUAUGCUGGAAUACACGGGAAUUGAUUGUGAGAGAGUAGAGCGAAUGGAAGCUCGAUUGAAAGAUGAUAUUAUGCGAGAAGCUGAACGUUAUCAUGGUGCUAUACUAGUUAUUCAUGAGACAACUGACGGGCAAAUAUUUGAUUCUUGGGAGCAUGUGAGUUCUGAUUCAGUUCAGACCCCAUUAGAGGUCUUUAAGUGCCUGGAGGCUGAGGGGUUUCCGAUCAAGUAUGCACGUGUUCCUAUUACCGAUGGAAAAGCUCCAAAAAGUUCCGACUUCGACACAUUGGCAUCAAAUAUUGCUUAUGCUUCUAAGGAUACUGCACUUGUCUUUAAUUGCCAGAUGGGGAUAGGAAGGACAACCACCGGGACUGUAAUUGCUUGCCUUUUGAAACUGCGUAUUGACCACGGGAGACCCAUCAGAAUAUUAAAGGAUGUAUUGCACGAGGAUUUGAGUGGUGGUAUUUCAAGUGCUGAUGAAAAGGAUGUUUCUGCUCCUCCAUCUGCACCGUUUGCUUACAAAACAAGGCCCAAAAAAGAUUCAAGUCGUGAAUUUGGGAUAGAUGACAUCCUGUUAUUAUGGAAGAUAACCAGGCUGUUUGACAAUGGGGUAGAAUGCCGUGAGGCCUUAGACACUAUUAUUGAUAGAUGUUCUGCUUUGCAGAACAUUCGCCAAGCUGUCCUGCAGUACAGAAGGUUAUUUAACCAGCAGCAUACUGAGCCUAGGGAAAGAAGAGUAGCAUUGAAUCGUGGUGCUGAAUAUCUAGAACGCUACUUUCAUUUGAUUGCUUUUGCAGCAUAUGUUGGGAGUGACGCAUUUGAUGGAUUCUGUGGGCAAGGAGAAUCAAGGACAACAUUCAAGCAUUGGCUGCAACAAAGGCCAGAGGUUCAAGCUAUGAAGUGGUCUAUUAGAUUGCGGCCUGGGCGGUUCUUUACAAUACCUGAGGAACUAAGAACUCCACAUGAGUUGCAACAUGGAGAUGCUGUCAUGGAGGCUAUUGUAAAAGAUCGUAAUGGUUCAGUUCUGGGAAAAGGGUCUAUUCUUAAGAUGUACUUCUUUCCUUGUCAGAGAACUUCAAGUCACAUACAAAUCCAUGGUGCUCCUCAUGUAUUCAAGGUGGAGAAGCUUCCUAUAUACAGCAUGGCAACUCCAACAAUUGCAGGUGCCAAGGAGAUGUUAACCUACAUGGGUGCUCAUCCUGAGAUAAAAGUAAAUACUACUGACAAAGUGGUUAUAACAGAUCUCAGGGAAGAGGCUGUGGUUUAUAUCAAUGGUACUCUUUUUGUGCUGAGAGAAUUAAACAAGCCUCUUGAUACCCUCAAGCAUGUUGGAAUUACGGGUUCAUUGGUGGAACACAUGGAAUCACGAUUAAAAGAAGAUAUUAUUAAUGAAAUAAAGCAGUCUGGUGGCCGCAUGCUUUUACAUCGUGAAGAAUACAAUCCAACACUGAACCAAGUCAGUAUCAUAGGGUAUUGGGAGAAUAUUUUUAUAGAUGACGUGAAAACUCCUACUGAGCUAUAUGCUAGUUUGAAGGGAGAAGGAUAUAACAUCACCUACCAGAGGAUACCUUUAACAAGAGAAAGAGAAGCAUUAGCAUAUGAUGUCGAUGCUAUCCAAUAUUGUAAGGAUGACUCUGCAGGGUCCUACCUUUUUGUAUCCCAUACAGGGUUUGGAGGGAUUGCCUAUGCAAUGGCCAUCAUUUGUUUAAGACUUGAUGCAGAAGCAAGGAUAGCAUCAGAUACGCCUGGAUCAGUUGCUAAAGCCGACCUAUUUUCUGCACCUGUUGAGAAUCUAGCUUUCCCAUUUUCUGGUCACAAAACAUGCAAAAUGGAUGAUUAUCGAGACAUAUUAAGCUUAACUAGAGUUCUUGUGCAUGGUCCAGAGAGCAAGGGAGACGUAGAUAAUGUUAUUGAAAGGUGUGCCGGUGCUGGACAUUUACGAGAGGAUAUAGUUCACUUUGCAACAGAACUUAAAAAGUUUCCCAAUGAUGGUGAAGACGAACAUCGGGCAUACCUCAUGGAUAUGGGAAUUAGAGCUCUACGGCGGUAUUUUUUCCUGAUCGCAUUUAGAUCCUAUCUGUACUGCACGUCUGCUAGUGAGAUGAAGUUUACUGACUGGAUGGAUGCCAGACCUGAACUAGGCCAUCUUUGUAACAACCUUAGAAUUGAAAUGUGAAUCAAAUUAAUGCUCGUCAGAGAUAAAUGUACCAGGCACUCUCCAUCUCUUGCAUAGAACAUAAUAGCAUUCCUAUUAAGUAAACAAGGAACGCGUGAAGUUAUUUACAGUGAGUUGACAGUUGUAUGCGGUCAAUUAGAGCAUGAAGCCAUAGACCAACGGUGCUAAUGUAAGUUCACUCAGCAAGCCUGUCCUCAAUUGUGAGUUGCCCUUGGAUUAUUUCAUUCAGUCUGUAAUUACUAUUAUACCCACCCCAAGUAGAAAUUUACUAUAUUGAGAUAUAUAAAUAAAUGUGGGUUGUAACCAAGAUCAUAUUAAUAGAGUUGAUGCAGCAACAGUCUUGCAUCUCCAUAUUUCCUACGUUCUAUACUCUUACAGUAAUUUAU